AAUUUUUUUCAGGUUCAAAGUCAACGACCAGUUCUUAAUUCCUGGAAUUGUGAAACCUGAGAUUAUGCAAAUUCGCUGCUUUUGAGGGAUCGCUUUCGUUUCGUCUCAUAAACAAACGCCAUUUCCGCACGGCAACAGCCUCAACAUAGACAGUAUUCUCCGAAAAAAAUGCCACGGUUUUCGGAAUGUUGGCGUUGUGGAAAUGAAGGAAAUAGCGUUUGUUGUCCGGGAUGUCAAGUUGCCAAGUAUUGCAGCAACCAGUGUGUGAAAAACGACAAAUUUCGACACGAAGCGGAAUGCAAGCCGGUAGCUAUUAUCAAAACAUGUUCGUCAUGCAAAAAAUCUGGUUCAGGUUUACGUGCAUGCACUGGUUGCUACCGAGUCUUUUAUUGCAAUAUUCAAUGUCAAAAGUCUGACAGGAAGCGGCACAAGUCCGCUUGUAGCGAGACUAACGAGAAGAUAAAUGAUCUUGCUCAAGCUAUUCAAUUCUAUUAUGAAUAUUGUGGGAUGAAAAGUUUCCCAAAACAAUACUAUUGGGGAAACUUUCCUGCUUACGACGGCCUAAAUUUGCUCGAAAACGAGGGCACCGACUACUUGUCGGACUUGAAUAUCAUGUAUCUCGGAGUCGGUGAUCUCAGAAAUGUAGCAUUGACUUGUUCGUCGCUGCCAGACAAGUAUGGGCGAGUCUUGAGAUUCACUUUGAACGACAUCGAGAGCUGUAUACUGGCGAGAUUGGUUCUGUUUCUUUUCAUGCUGAUUAAAGGUGAACCCGGUGUCGAGAAAAUGGUAACAGAGGUUUGGUAUUCGAUAACAUUGGGUGAAGAGACUUACAAAUAUCUACGUGAGUACCUUCGUGCGCUAAUCGACUGCCCACGAGCUCAAGAUCUGACGAAAAAAACCGGGGGGUUGAUCAGUAUCAGUGAUGCCCAUCUGAGAGAGCUGAAGGAUGUGUGGAUAAAAUGGCACAAUCUCCGGGUGAAAGGAACGACUUGGAUUCAAGGGCAGCGAAAUCGAGAUUUUAAGUCAGACGCACAAAGCUAUCGAGGAAGAAAAGCGUACUUCAACUGCAUCCCGCGAGAGCACGUAGAAUCGGCAAAGAAAUGGAUGGAAGACGGCAAAUUCCGACGUACCCAAACACCAGCGUUUUCUGAGAAUCCGACACUGACAGGGUAUGACAAAAACGAUAAAACUCGUCCAUACUAUUACUGUAUUCCAACGGAUGUUCUCCCGUUCACAGCCUGGGAUUAUCUCGAGGUAAAGAAACUGAAACAUGCGAAUUCUUUGAUAACAAUGUACGGUGCUUACAUAGAAAACGUGCUACGAAAUGUUGUGAAAAAACUUUCCAAAAAACAAGUAUUUUUUACAAUCAUCCUUUCGGAUUGUAUGGCCAUUGGGGAGCAUAUUGAAAGUGAAACAACGUACGAUCGUAUUUUAACGUCAAACCUGAUGGAUUAUAUUAUUCUGCCGGAUUUACUGAGGGUUUUUUCACCGAAGCUCAACCAUGGUAAUUCAUAUGCGGCCAUUGUUACAAAUGCCCAAAAUUGGACCCGCGACUUUUGUCCUGACGCAGAUAUCAAAGGUUUUAAAAACAUCGAUGCAGAAUUGACAAGAAUUGUUUUACAAGAUACGAAGAACCUUUAUCAAGCCAAGGAUGGCGGUACAAGUUUCAGAGAAUAUUUGGAAAAUUCGAAAGACUUCAUCGACUUCGUUCGAGCAUUGUUUUAUUGCUACUCGAAAACAAAGGAUUUCGUGGACGAACUGGAUGAGGAAAAUCUUGAAGCGACGCCAGAAUCCUGCAAAGUGCUGCCUCUUCGAGUGCUGGGGAACGAGUUUGACUUGCGACUCAGAGACGGUUUUCGUAAUGAGAACAGAAUCGCUCCGUUCAAAAUGGCCGUAAACAGGAGAAGGGUCACGAUGAUAGUCGGUCUAGAGCGGAUUAUGGAGUGGGUGCCUUUGCAGAGUGAGUGACGAUGAUUUGUAUUGAAGAGUUUUGAACUCUUUUCUAUGUAUCAAUCUAUUAACCAAAUAAUGUAUUAUUUAUGAACAAGUAGUUGUGUCAAAGUUAGA